AUGUCAAACGAAACAUUCGAACAAAACGAACCAAAACCAACUAAAGUUGAAGAAUUACAACCAGGUGAUGUAGAAGCUGUUGAAGAUUCAACUCCAGUUAGAGAAAUUACUCAAACUGAUCAUAUUAAUAAAGCAAUGUUACAGAUAUAG